CCGCAUACCAACACACUCCUGCGCGCGUGGCAGUGGAUUAUUUGCCUGGCACUUUUACGCGUGCCAUCGAUUUUUGCGGAGUUUACGAACUAUUUCUCUAAAUCAAUGGUCUCAAUCAGGAUCAAACCCAGUGAACAACUGCACGAGACAUUUGCGCCUGAUAGUUAACUACAACAGGAAGCUUUCGUGCGGCGAUGGCGGGCUGUUGUAUGUCCGCAGAGGAGCGCGAGAAGCAGCGCAUCAACCAGGAGAUCGACAAACAGCUACGGAAAGACAAGAAGGAUUCGCGGAGGGAACUCAAACUGCUGCUACUAGGCACAGGUGAGAGUGGAAAAAGCACGUUUAUAAAACAGAUGCGGAUCAUCCAUGGCAGUGGCUACAAUGAAGAGGACAAGCGCAGCUUUAUAAAGCUCGUCUUCCAGAACAUCUUCACAGCCAUGCAGUCCAUGCUGCGGGCCAUGGAGACACUGCAGAUCCCUCUGGCUGAGUCCAAGAAUGAGGGGUAUGUCCAGAUGCUGUUGGAUGUGGAGGUGGAUAAGGUCCAGACUCUGGACAGCGGCCAGAUGGAGGCCAUAAGGGCCCUGUGGAACGACGGCGGAGUCCAGAUCUGCUAUGAGCGCCGCAGGGAGUAUCAGCUCUCCGAUUCGGCCAAGUACUACCUGGAGGAUUUAGACCGUAUAGCUGACCCAGGCUACCUGCCGACCCAGCAGGACAUUCUGAGGGUCCGUGUGCCCACCACCGGCAUCAUUGAAUACCCCUUUGACCUGGAGAACGUCAUCUUCAGGAUGGUGGAUGUCGGGGGUCAAAGGUCAGAGCGCAGGAAGUGGAUCCACUGCUUUGAGAACGUCACGUCUAUCAUCUUCCUGGUAGCGCUCAGCGAGUAUGACCAGGUGCUAGCUGAGUGCGAUAACGAGAACCGUAUGGAGGAGAGCAAGGCCUUGUUUAAGACCAUCAUCACCUACCCAUGGUUCCAGCAGUCGUCGGUCAUCCUCUUCCUCAACAAGACGGACAUUCUGGAGGAGAAGAUCCAGCACUCCCACCUGGCUAACUACUUCCCAGAGUUCAGCGGCCCUAAGAACGACCCGAAGGCAGCGCGCGAGUUCAUCCUGCGCAUGUAUCAGGAGCAGAACCCGGACCGCGAGAAGAACGUCUACUCGCACUUCACCUGCGCCACCGACACCGAGAACAUCCGCUUCGUGUUCGCCGCCGUCAAGGACACCAUCCUGCGGCACAACCUGAAGGAGUUCAACCUCGUCUAGCACCAACACAUACUGGAGGAUCCAAGAGGUCACCCUCAGAGAAACAACUUUAAAGCACAACACGUUUGGAGUCUUCAGUCAAUUUGAUUUCAAUUCAUUCAUUUCUAUUGAGCCGUUUACAUCGUAAUUCAAAAUUCAUUCAUUUAAUUUUGUGCCAUUAGUAGACUUUCUGUCCAGGUGCUUUACAGAGCCUGUGCCCUUUAGAGCCUUCAGAGCCAGCACAGGGUGGCAGAGGGGAAGAACAUCUCCCUCUGAACAGGAAGGCACUUUGAACAGAGCCCAGCCCAGACCCAGCCCAGACCCGGCCCAGACCCGGCCCAGACCCGGCCCAGACCUACCCACCCACCUGCUGGAGGCAGAGCCAGUAGAGUUAGAGAGAAGUGAGAGAGUUGAAUAGAGAGAAGAGCCAGAUCACUCAUAGGGGAAAAAAACAAGCACAGGCUCCAGACGUACACCAUGUUGGCAGACAUGGGGAUGAUGUACAGUACAUCCAUCACGCGUACUUAUAGGGUGUAGGGUGUAGAGGUAGACACCAUGCUAGCAUACAAACACAAUGGUUUUACAACACAUCAAUAGCACAAGCAUAUUACUGUGAUCAUGUUAACAGAGAAAUGGGUAGUUUGGCGGGUAAUUAAAAUGUGUGUGUGUGUGUGAUGCAUUGUAGGAGAUGUGUAGAACUUAGGUGCAAAAAAAAUGUCAUGUAUACAGACCCACACACUCGUUUUCACCUGCUGCGUUCAUUGUCAUUAUGUGCACACCCACACACCCAGUUUUACCUGCUGGGUUCAGUGUGGUAGCCUAGGCCUAUGUAAAUUAGGUCACAAGUGUGAGAUGGACAACAACCUGUUCUUCCAAGUCACGAUCAUCUGAUGGAUGACGUUUACAUUUUGUAUGCACUCAUGAUAUUUUUAUCUAGUGAAUUUAUUCCAUUCAGCUUUGAUUCUGUGGUAGAGUUGACACUGUGAGGCUGUUUGCACAAAGGGUAUAUAUUUAUCUACAUUCAUCAUAUUUAUCUUCCUUUAGAUGUAGAGUAUAUGUUUGUGUGUGCUCCAAUUACCCAAAACUGAGACUCAACCCAUACUGUACCUUUAUACUUGAUAUGCACUGACUACAUAGUUUUUAAUAGUGACGUCUUUGAACCUUUUAUGUAAUAUUCUAAUUUCAGAUUGUUCUAAUAUAAUAGCACAUACUAUAAUCUAACUUCAGAUUGUUUUGAGAACAUAUUCCACAGUGACUAGUACAUGUGUUCUGGGGUCUGCUCUCCUUAUUUAGAAAAUACUAUGAAAUAGUAUACCAUGGCUAAGAAGUGAUACUAUUUAUACGGAUUGGUCAGGUAUGGAUCAAUCAGAUGUAGUUGACAUGAACGGCCCUCCAGUGCCUUUUCCUUUCAUGCCUAAAGGAGUAGCUCUCAGUGUGUGUGAUGUAUGAGUGAUACUGUAGUGAGCACUGACUUGUCAAUGUCACAUGACCAUGCAUACUAUUAGUGUAUGUUAUAAAGGAGUGCAAUAAAUGAUUGAUAUUGCUGGGUCUGGUUUGCUA